ACCGAGCGGGAGUGAUAAAGAGGAAACGGCAGAUUUUCCCCCGUCGAGAGUUUCGCGCAUACACUUCAUUCUCUAAAUUCUGUAAAAUCUCUCAUUAGUCAACAAUUUUUUGCAUUCGAACGUAGAAGAUUAAUCGAUUUUUCAUCGGUACAUACCGAAAUUUCCAAUCAGUCCUUCGGACUGCUAACGGCGGCGAGGUGUAGUUAAUUUUUGUGAUUCCGGAAGGGUAAAAUGGGGAAUCAGAAAGUGAAGUGGACGGCGGAGGAAGAGGAAGCCCUAAAAGCGGGAGUGGUGAAGCAUGGCCUCGGCAAGUGGAAGAACAUUCUCAGAGAUCCUCAGUUCGCUCCCUACCUCAGUAAUCGUUCUAAUAUUGACCUUAAGGACAAAUGGCGGAACAUGUGUAUUAGCUACGGACAGUGCUCCAGAAAAAAAUCGAAGGCUUCUAGAGGAAAAACAAUUUCACCCACGGCUCUCUCCACUCUCACCACAGGAAACUUAGUUGCUGAGGCUGAUGCUGUUGAUGAUAUUUCCAGAAGCCCACGGGACGUCAGAGAUGCUCCAGGGUACAAAGCCAUGAUAUUUGAAGCACUAUCAUCCAUCAGAGACUCCAGUGGAUCCAAUAUUGAUGAUAUCAUGGGAUUUAUUGAGAAAAAGCAUGAAGUGCCACAAAAUAUCAGACGAAUACUGAGUACAAGGCUGAGGAGACUUGUCUUGCAAGGAAAACUUGAGAAGGUCCAGGACCGCUACAAGAUCAAAGAUGCUGCUUUGGGGACGAAAACACCUAUGCCAAAACAAAAAGAUAUAUCUGCUGAAACAGCGGAAGGUGCUGCUAUGACUGCUGCCUACAAGAUUGUGGAUGCAGAAUAUAAAUCGUUCGUGGCAGCAGAAGCAGUUAAAGAGGCUGAAAGGGUUUCAAAAAUGGCCGAAGAUGCCGAUUCAUUACUGUUGCUUGCGAAUGAGAUAUUUGAGAAAUGUUCAAGAGGUGAAACCGUUCGCUUGGCAAAGUCAUCCUAUAAUUUUGAUUAAAUACUAAAUUCUCGGUGUACAUAAACCCGGUCGAGAAUGGAGAUACUCUCCGCGGGUGGAACUAUUUUGCUCUAGUUAGAAGGCAAUAGGCUUAAGCAUUUUGUAGACUCGAGGGUUGGUUUCUUAUUUUGCUACGAUUUUAAGAACCAUUGCUCAUUACAGUUGUGCAUUCUACCCUUCUAUGAUUAUCUUUGUAGCUGUGAAAUAUUAGUUUUUAAUUAGUUAAUUUAUCGCUCUUGUUUGUUUUC